AAUUAUGUUCGCAUUGAUGAAGAGGAUCAGUCGGCAGCUGCCUUGAAUAGGUCUUUAAACAUCGUGCAGCACAACAAAACAGAAGUCACGGAUUUUUAGAGCAAGCCAAUCACCCAAUGCUCCGAAUAUUCAAGUCAAAACUUUGGGAAGGGGUAUUUAGGAGCGUAAUUUCGAAGCGGAAUCACCAUACAACUUUAAAGGCUUUUCGAUCACUUCAUCAAUGUGAUCCUUUCCUCGAGCUCCUAUACAACUUGAUAUAAUUCCAGAUUGGUCAGACAUAAUGUUCUUCUCAAGGUGGGUCUGUCCGGGUUUUGGAUCCACUUGAACCAAUCUAUAGUUUUCAAUAUCCAUUCGGAUAUUAUUAAAGAUUAUGUUUCAGGUUCCUACUCAUAUUCUAGGAUGAUCCUUGGUUUCGUUGUCCUUGCCUUGGUACUACUUUCGUCAAGUCCUAUCAGAUGUGCCAACAUCCUCUUCUCCUGUGGAUCCAUAGAUGGAAGUCAUAUCUUUGCUGGUCUGAUCAUCGGGGAGCACCUUGUGUCUCGAGGUCAUAACGUGACAAUCCUGGUUACCAAUGCAUAUCUUCACCACACCAAAGACCCACACUACUCUAAAUUCUUCAACUACGAGGUCCUUCACCUGAAGCGCACACCUGAAGAGGUCGUAGAGACCAACCAGUGGGUAGCGUAUGCUGCCAACUCUGGCCAUCUGCUGUGGAAGCUGCUCACCGAGCCUCCUGAUGUUGCUGGCUGCUUACGCAGUGACUGCGAAGCGCUUCUGGAUGACGCAGAGCUCGUCCGAAGACUCAAUGACACACACUAUGACCUCUUCCUUCUAGAUAAUUUCUUCCCCUGUGGGUUCAUCUUAGCGGCCCUGUUGGAUGUCCAGGUAUCCAUGUUGGGACCCACCACCUGGGAUCCCGAGUUUGGGAAUCUCAUCGGUACGCCAUCUUAUCCAGGAACCAUUACCACCUUCCAGAUUGGAUUUCCAAGUUACAAGAUGACCUUCUUCCAAAGGGUCAUUAAUGUUCUUUGCAGUAAAGUUUUCGUCCCUUCCGUUAUAUUUUCUUCCGUUCUGAAUAGCUUCAUGCACGAGCGUGGCUUGCCUUACACAUUGGAACAGGUCUACGGCAGGGCUGAACUUUUCCUUGCGAACAUCGACUUUGCUUUUCUUGAACCUCUUCCGCUCAUGCCUAAUAUAAUUCCUGUUGGAGGUCUGUCCACGAAGCCAUCCAAGCCCCUUAGAAAUGAUUUGGAAGCUUUUGUGCAGAGUUCGGGUGAUGCAGGCAUCGUUGUCUUUUCUCUGGGAACCUACGUGACUCACAUGAAACGUGAACUCGUCGAAAUCUUUGCAGAGGCGUUUUCAAGAAUACCACAGAAAGUGAUAUGGCAGUUCAGAGGGACGCCGCCAGACACGGUCAAGAAAAGAUCGAAUAUUCUUACCCUAGAAUGGCUUCCUCAGAAUGAUCUUCUUGGUCAUAACAAGACUCGGGCCUUUGUAUAUCAGGGUGGAAACAACGGUCUUCAUGAGGCCCUUUACCACGCAGUACCCAUCAUCGUCGUCCCCUUCUUCGGUGAUCAGAACGAUGUCGCCGCCCGGAUCGUUGCCCGUGAAAUCGGCAUUGCAGUCGACUUCACCAAGAUGACCACGGCGUCGCUUACAGGACAUCUUAAGAGCAUCGUUCAAGAUAAAAAAUACAAAUUGGCUAUGCUGCGACUGUCCUCUAUUUACCACGACCGCCCUCAAAGGCCAUUAGAGCGAGCAGCCUUCUGGAUAGAACAUGUAACUAAGCAUGGAGGCGACUACAUGAAGUCACCCGUUAAUGACAUAUCCUGGUAUCAGUAUUACCUGUUGGAUGUGAUUUCAUUUCUUGCUGGAGUGUUUUCCAUGGUUCUAUUGGUGAUAUUCUGCAUAAUUCGUUGUGUAUGUAAAUUAUGGAAGAAGCCUUACGCGAAGCGCAGAGACGAGUGACCAUAUAGCUUUAUAUUCAUAAUAUAGAGGCAUCCCCUUCUCUUCAACAACAAUUAAACAAAAACACUCCUAAGACAAUUUGCAAUGUAACAAAUCCAAAUUAAUCAUUUUUUAUUAUGUUCAUUUCUCCCUCCUUACUUGUAAUGCGAUGAUGUUGUAAUGUUUUUUUUUCAACAUCCAAUACCUUUUUACGUCAUUUAGUCAAUGGUUAAAUCUUAAGUCAAGAAAAAAAAUCAAUCGCCUAUAAGACAAUACGUACACUUUCCAUGUUUGAUUCAUAUUGCUUUAUGACUUCCUAUAUGGAAAUAUUUUUUAUUAUCUGUAUUUCCUGUAUAUUAUAUUUUUUGUUUGUGGGCAGUCGACACAAAGCAGGCCAAUUUGCUCGAAUGGAACAACCCUGUCUUUUUAAAUAAAAGAUAAACAUGAUACUAAAAACCGAAUAAAACUUGAAUGAACGGCGUAAAAAUAGUUUGAUAUUUCUAAACUUUUUUUCAUCUUUCAUCGUCAUGGGAGAGUUAUGCAAUUUCUUUUGACAAUUUAUCAUUGCCAAGGGCCUUGAUCAUAAAUUUUUACCAAAUUCAGUCACAUAAGAUUCGUUUUUGUUUAAUUUUCUUAUUAAGUUUACAAUUUUAACAUCAAGACAAGCAGAACGAGGAUAUUCUGUAAAACCAGGUCAUAUUUAGCAUGAAUAGUGGUAAUUAUGUUUUGUAACAUAGGGCAACAUUCCCAACACCAAGAUAAGUAGGCCGAGGUUAUUUAAAGGAACCAAAAUUAAGAGAAUAUGAGAAAUGCACCUAAGAUGAAGUACGUGAGUUAUUUGAUUUACGUGAUUUAUUUUUAUCAAAAUUUAAAUUGGAAAUACCUUCCAGCCAGGAUUUCACUAAAAUUGUUAUGUUUCUAGAUCUAUUUUUCUGUGUCUCAUUUUUCUCGGCGUUUGAACAUAUUGUAUCAAAUCAGAUCGGCGGGAUCGCUGUAAGAAUGUCAUAUCUGCCACGUUCUUACACACGAACGAAGAUAUUUUUGUCCCAUAUACGAUAUAAUUUAGUUUUGUCAUAUGACGUACUGUUAGCCUUUAUCUGUAAUAAAUAUGUAAAUCUACCUUUACAAAAAGUAGCUUGAAACGCUAUUUUUACAAAUGUCAGUAGGCCUAGGAUAUCGAAUUGGGCCGUGUCGGGAAGAAAAAAAAAGUUGUUCAAGGCAUGUCAAACUCGAUUACUGUUGACUAAAAGUAGAAGUGUUGUGGCUCAGUGGGUAAGUCUCCGGACUUUCGUCCAUCAACAUUUCGUCUAACAACCAUUUGGUCCAAUCAUCACUUCAUCUAAUCGCUAAUUCGUCUAUAUGACAAGUUCGUCUCACAACUAGUUGGUCUAUAUAUCCGUUUUAUUUUCAUUCAUUAACAUUUGGUCUAAUUAGACCAAAUUGUAUAUUCCAGUAUAGCUCUACCCAUUUGAUUUAGUGCAGACCGUAAGAUUACCUCCCACCAUAGGCGGCGGAAGCGGGGAGGACGUGUCCCCCCUAAAUUUGAGGUAGGGGACGAUCCCCCCCCCCCCCCAAAUUUCUUGUUGAUGACCUUUUUUUUUGCUUGUCAAAAAGAUGUUGGUAGUCCCUCCCUGAAAUUUAGUGUGAAAACCUUUUUUUUAUUUUUUAUUUUGGCUUGUCAAUUUUGUUUCCUGCGUCCCCCUCAAAUUUUUGGCUUCCGCCGCCAAAGCCUUUCACAUAUUUUGUCGGAUGUGGUAUGCAUUAAAGGUCAAGUCCACCAUAGCAAAAUGCUGAUUUGAAUUAAUGCAAAAAAAAUCAAACAAACAUAAUGCUGAAGAAUUCAUCACUGAAUCGGAUGUAAGAUAAGAAAGUUAUAUGACAUUUAAAAGUUAUGCUUACAUUCACAAAACAGUUAUAUGCACAACUCAGUGACAUGCAAUGGGAAAGUCGGUGAUGUCCUUCACUCACUAUUUACUUUGUUUUUUAUUGUUAUAAUUAUGCAAUAUUUCAUUCUUUUACAGAUUUUACAAUUAGGACUAACUUGAUUCCGGGGCUUGACUGAACCAUGAAAUGUUAAAUCGAAGGUAAUUCCACAUGUUCAGGGAUGAAUAAAACUUUAUUUCACGUGACAAUGAGGAGAAAAUUAAAAAAAUCAUAUGAAAUGGUGAAA